GCGCCAGCCCUGGAAGUAGGCAUGGGAGAGGACUGGGGCUGGUGAUGCUGGCAGAAGAGUGCUGCUGGGUCUCUUCCUGAAUGAGUGACGGGGUUUUCCGUCUGUUUGUGGUGCCGGCUAAGGACCCAUAGUGAAUUCACCCCUUCCUUCGCCAAACUCCCUUCAACGUGAAUAAAAAGGUUUCCUUCUCCUUGGCCCUCUUGAUGGUACAUCUUCCUGAGGCUUGGAGGAAGGCAAGGACAUCUUGAGCUCUUCCCUUUCUGCUCCUCCUUCCUGUUCUUCCUCAUUCUCUUCUUGCACCUCCUUAUUCUUCCUCCUCGUCUUCUUCCACCUCCCUGUUCUUCCUUCUCCUCUUCUUCCUGUUGUUCCUUUUCCUUCUCUUCUUCCUCCUCUUUUUCUCUUUCCUCCUCCUCCUCUUCCUCCUGUUUUUCCUCCUCCUUCCUCUUCUUCUUCCUCCACCUCCCUGAUCUCUUUCUUCCUCUUCCUCUUCUUCGUCCUGUUGUUCCUCUUCUUCUUCCUCCACUUCCCUGUCUUUUUUCUUCCUCCUCCUCUUCCUGUUGUUCCUUCUCCUUCUCUUCUUCUUCUUCCUCCACUUCCCUGUCCUUUUUCUUCCUCCUCCUUUCUGUUGAUCCUCCUCCUGUCUCCUCUUCCUCCUCCUCUUCUUCUCCCUCCACUUUGCUGUUCUUCCUCUUCUUCCCUUCCUCUCCUCCUCUUCUUCCUGUUGUACCUCCUCCUUCCUCUUCUUUUUCCUCCACCUCCCUGUUCUUUUUCUUCCUCCUCCUCCUCCUCUUCUUCCUGUUGUUCCUUCUCCUUCCUCUUCUUCUCCUUCCUCCACUUCCCUGUCCUUUUCUUCCUCCUCUUCUUCUUCUUUCUGUUGAUCCUCCUCCUGCCUCUUCUUCCUCCUCUUCUUCUUCCUCCACUUUGCUGUUCUUCCUCUUCUUUCCUUCCUCUCCUCCUCUUCUUCCUGUGCUUUUCCUUCCCCUUCCUCCUCCUCCUAAGAUGUCUUCAGCCUCCUCCCUUGCUGCCUCUUCUACUGGACUGCUCUCCUUCUGCCAUCAUGCUUGGGAGCAGGUCUUUGCCAAGGUCAAGCGGGCGGUUGUGUUCAUGGACUCCCCUUGUGCUGAGAGCCUCCAUUGGGCCUGUGGCGGAGCAGGACAGCUCUUCCAAGCUGGAGCGCUCAAUGUCAAGGAGUUCUCCAGCUUUGAGUCAGGCCAUGCAGAGCAACCCAAGGCAGUUUUUGUGGUUAGCACCUUGCUGAAAGGCCGAACCGUGGAUGUUAUCCGUGACAUUGUGAGUCUCAGCAACUUCCAGUACUGUGUGGUUUUCACAGCAGUCAGCCAUGCUGUCCACUUGCAGGCCCAUGGUGCUCCCAGCAGUGCUGAGGCAGAAGGUGGUAACCAGGUCGUCUUUGAGCAAUUUGAAGAAAAGCUCUGCCAGUGGAUGGGCAACAUGAACUACACGGCAGAGGUGCAGUAUGCUCCCUUAUUCUUGGCACCCAUCUCACCACACCUCUUGGUAGCACCUUCCUUUUCGUGCCUUUUCCCCUUAAUGGGUCAAGAUUUGUCGCAGAUCAAUAGUACCAGGCCAGAGAAGAAGAAAUUUGCUCACUUGACUGAUGUUGACUUCUCGUCCCUGUCUUCAGAGCUGCAGCUUGAGAUCAGGUCAUUGGUGUCUGAUUUAAACAGCUUAUUUGAGUCUCUCAGUGUUAGGGAGGAAUGUUUUGCGAUUGGAGCACUGAGCAGGAUCAUUGCAGGUGAUCUGGCAAGUUAUUCCCAGGCAAAGGCCAGAAGGAAAAUGGCACAAAAUAAAGCUUCUCUCAUCUUUGUGGACAGGACUUUAGAUCUGACAGGAACAGUCGCUCAUCAUGGUGACAACUUAGCAGAGAAGAUUCUCUCUGUGCUUCCUAAACUUCAGGGUCAUAUGAAUGACGUUAUGGUCAGCAUGCUGGAACUCACAAGCCUUCAGAGUGAUGAUGCCAGUCGCAAUAUUAUAGCACCGGGUUGCUUGGCACAACCAAAUGAUCCAGCUGCUAAAGCUCUGUGGGAGUCCUUAAUGAAUCUCAAGCAGAAAGAAGCUGUGAUGGAAGUGAGGAGACAUCUAGUGGAAGCGGCAAGCAGAGAAAGUUUGCCGAUCAAGAUGAGCAUGGGUAGGGUCACCCCAGAACAGCUCAGCUCAUACAUUCAACUCUUUAAAAGAAAUUUUCAAGCUCUUGAGAACCACUGUGGGUUUCUACAAAUUGCAUUGGCUGUCGUACAGACAAUGAAACACCCUCAAAGUGCUAAAUGGGACAACUUCCUAGCCUUUGAAAGGCUACUUGUGCAGAGUAUUGGAGAGUCACCAUUACCAAAUGUUCUGAACCAAUUGCUACCUAUCAUCAAGUCUCAUGAUAACAGGACAGAUGAUGAUUACACUCCUGAAGAUCUCCUUGUGUUGCUGGUUUAUAUUUACUCCAUAGUUGGAGAAAUUAAAACUGGAAAAGAAUUAGAUGAGGCCGAAGAACGAGUAAAGGAAGCCCUUGUCCAAUCUCUUUGUGAUGAGCCUGAACUAUCAACCUUACUGCAGAAAAUGACAGGUUGUGAAUCGGCCCUUGAUCUGACAUUUCAGAAGGCUGUGCCCAUAGUGGAUGACAUCUUUAAGGUCCUCAGGGAUGUUACGAGAAUGCGGACACAUAUGAAACAGUUUAAUUCUGUACAUACUCCAGGAAGCCAUACCCAACAGGCCACAUAUAAACCAUUGUUGAAGCAAGUGGUGGAAGAGAUAUAUAAUCCUGAUCGACCAGACACUGUUGAUAUUGAACAUAUGUCUUCUGGGCUCACAGACCUUCUGAAAACAGGAUUCAGCAUGUUUAUGAAGGUGAGCCGCCCACACCCUGGUGAUCAUUCCCUCAUCUUCUUCUUCAUGGUUGGUGGAGUGACCAUUUCUGAAGUCAGAAUGAUAAAAGACCUUGUAACUGCACACAAGCCUGGAGUACAGGUAAUUGUGCUCUCCACAACUCUCCUGACGCCACGUAACGUUCUGGAGUUGCUGUUUGCCACAGACCGUCUCCAACCAGAUAUUGGGAUCUGACGAACAGAGUAUCUGUCAAAGAAGAUGAUUGUCUGUCCACACCCAUUCCCCAGCGUCACACACUUGCAGAAUACAUCAAACUUGUUCCUUUCUGUCCCUUUAGAUAUUUUUACAAAAAUGAAAGCCUUGCAAAUUACCCACGACCUUGAUUUUGACAUUACGGAAAUUGAUAUGAUAGCUGUCUGCAAAGUAGCUACACAAGGAGAGCACUUGGUAAUCCGUUCAUUUCUUUAGUGGCAUCAAUCUGACAUUCAGAUCGUCUUUAAGCAGUAAUGUUGCAUUGAGCUGAAAUCCUUUCUUUCCUGCUGGCUGACUUAGGCCCCUUAAACAUAGCUAAAUAAAAAUCCCGCAUUAUCUGCUUUGACCUGGGAUAUAUGGAAGUGUGUGUUGCGCAGCAAACGGAUCUUAGUCACGCACCAUGCACAAGACUCACAGACAAGAGUAGUGAUGAACAAAAAAUCUUUACUCUUAAUAGUAAAGAUGAAAUACAAACUUGCAAUGUUGCAUAUAACAAAUAAACAGCGCAAGAAACUUACGUAGUUUUUGUAAGUAACACAAAACAAGGCAUCUUCAUCUUAAGUCAAAUGAGAAAGCAAAACAUAAACUUUGAGCAAACAACUACUCCAUCAUAGCCUCCUUUAGAGCAUCAUAACGGCUUCUCUCCAACCUGCUUCUCAGAGCAGAGCCUUUGAGCAUAGAUCUCCUCAGAGAAAAAGCUCUCCAGAACUGUAUUCUAAAAACCCAUACAGUUAUACCCUAUCGAGUGUGGUCCAAGAUUACUGGUUGACCUACAUUACCAGCUGCACAUAAUAAUAAUUACCAUCAUAAGGUUUUUCUUCAACACACACACACACACAAGGUCCUGCUACAACUUACUCUAACAGUGUGGACCCAGAUAACCCAGUUCAAAGCAGAUAUUGUGGGAUUUUCCACCUUGAUAUUCUGGGUUUUAUGCCUGUGUAGAAGGACCCAUAGGUUACUCUUGUUGGCUGCUAUAUAGGAUGGAAACUUUCAUAGGAACAUUGCAGAACAAUUACAGAAAGCUACAGCAACUUGCAUUUUUAAGUGAGCUUUUAUCCAGUUUUUGGUAGCACAUGCUUUUUAGGCCCUUUCUACACUGCCAUAUAAAACCCAGGUUAUCUGCUUUAAACUGAGUCAGUGUGGACUCAGAUAAUCCAGUUCAAAGCAGAUCAUGUUACUUAUCUGCUUUGAUCAUCUGUAUUAUAUGACAGUGUAGAAGGGACCUUAGUUGGCUUGAACAAGCCAUCAGGAAAAAAAAAUACCAAGUCUACCAAAGCACCAAAUGGCAAAUAUAUUAUUAAAUGCAUAUGUCCUUGAUGAAACAUAUAUCUUCAAAAUCUUAUUAUUUGGUAUAUAUUGCUUCAAAUAUUGGGUAGAUUUUCUGGUGGUAGCCCAACCCCAGCCAACAGGCAUAAAAUGAAAGGGGCUGGCAAUUGUUUUCUAACAAUUCUCCAUCUCCUAUUAAUCCAUUGCAAAGUCACGCUCCCAACUGGUGCUCUGUAAGUGGUGCCUCAUCUACACUGCCAUAUAAAAUCCAGAUUACCAUCUUUGAACUGGAUUAUAUGGCAGUGUAGACUCAUAUAAUCAAGUUCAAAGCAGAUAAUGUGGAUUAUCUGAUAAUCUGGAUAAUAAUAAUAAUAAUAAUAAUAAUAAUAAUAAUAAUAAUAAUAAACCCUUAUUUGUAUUCUGCUCUAUCUCCCCAAGGGGACCUGGGGCGGUUUCCAGCAUGGUAAAACAUUGCAAAUUACAUACAAAAAAUUAUAAAAAGUAUAAACAUAGUACUACAUAACAAUCACACAUAUUAAAAAUUAAAAACCAGUUCAGAACUAAUUAAAUUGGGCAGCUCAGCUUCCAAAUGCCAAGACUCCAAAGUGGGUGUUGCCAACAAUGAAAGGGCUGGGCUAGUACAACAAAGUAGACUAGGGGCCGGGGAGUGGGUAAAGUGCAAGCAUGGCCUACCUGAUGGUCAGUGUGGGACCUGGAGCUAUUUAUUUCCAAGGCCUGCUGAAUAACCACAAGAGGGCUGAGCCAGUAGGGAAAACAUAGGGCUGGGGACGUGGGUAAAGUGCAUAGCAAGACCCUAACUAAUGAUGCCUGGGACUCCUCAUUUCCAGGUCUGCUGAAUAGCUACAAUAGGGCUAGACCAGGGCUAGUAGCAAAGGACCAGGGAAGUGUGUAGAGUGCAUCAUACAGCAGUGUAGAAGGGGCCUCAGAAGAUGAAAGUGUGACUUUUGAUGGAUAACUAGGCAUUGCAAAAUUAUCCCAGUAUGGUUGAUUUGAUGAGAAUUGGAUGGCCAAGUAUCAAAAUGAAGGUGUGAGAUUCCUUUAGAGCAGUGGUUCUCAACCUGUGGGUCUCCAGGUGUUUUGGCCUACAACUCCCAGAACUCCCAGCCAGUUUACCAGCUGUUAGGAUUUCUGGGAGUUGAAGGCCAAAACAUCUGGGACCCACAGGUUGCUUUAGAAGUAUCAGAAAUAAACUCUCCCAGGGGCUGGUUACUGGGCCCCUAGUUGAUCUGUUCAGUAAAAUUGAGUGAUGUAGCUACUCCUGGUCCUUAGCAUUUCAAAACAAAUACUUCGUACUUAGAAAACGUAUGUCAGACAAAGAAGGUUCAGUCUAGCAGCCCUGAUGUGCUGAUUUUCUGUCUGAAGGGAGCCCCCCUUUCCUAGUCCAUUGAAUAUUAUGGCCUUAGAGCUUUACUCAUCCCAAAAGUACAGAACAGUAUGUUAAUUGUCUCUUGCCACCAAAGGUGAACCACCUUUGAGUACACCAGGGACAUUCCAGAUAAUGGUCACAAAUGGGAGUGUUACUGGGUUAUGUGUUGUUGAAGGCUUUCGUGGCUAGAAUCCCUGGGUUGCUGUGAGUUUUUCUGGGCUGUAUGGCCAUGUUCCAGAAGUAUUCUCUCCUGAUGUUUCACCCAGAUCUAUGGCAGGCAUCCUCAGAGGUUAGGUCUGUUGGAAAUUAGGCAACAUUCCACAGAUAUAUAAACCCCACUUGCCUAAUUUCCAACAGACCUAACAACCUCUGAGGAUGCCUGUCAUAGAUGUGGGUAAAGUGUCAGGAGAGAAUACUUCUGGAACAUGGCCAUACAGCCCGGAAAACUCACAGCAACCUUUUACUGGGUGGGCUGAGGGUUUACUCAAUGUAAUAUAAAUGUGUUUUUAUUUUGCAUUUCUUUCUUUCCAUUUAUAUAAGGAGCAGAAUGUAAUUGCGGAAGAUGUAAUGCCAAAUUGUUUCCUUAGUUUCUGAAUAGCAGUGGUAAACAGCUAUUUUAGAAAACACGACAUAGGCCAGCCUUAAAAAAAAUGGCAUUUUAUGUAGUUUAUUUCUGCACUGUACAUUUGAUUUUACUUCAAGCAGGUAGCAUUUUUUUUGUUGAUGUUCAAUUGAAGAAUACAGCUAGACGCUUGCCUUUAUCAGCCUAACCCAUUCCAGUAGCUUUUUUUUUACGAAGUCCAUUAAUAGAUGUGGUCUAUCCAACCUAACAGGUGCAGGAUGUCCUUUUGAAAGGCUUUUCAUUGUGUGGCCAUCUAAAUUUGGCUGUAAUGUGACACUUUAGCUAACGAAAAAGAACAAAGGUGUACUUUGGAAACAUUACUCAGAAAGAGAGGCACCUUUGUGUGUUUACCCAUGGCAAUAUUCAUUGGAUGUGCUGUCAGUGCACCACGUAUGAUAGAUGGAUGACAAAUCAGCCAAAGCUAUUUAUCUAAACUGCUUAGGGAGGAAAAGCAAAAGGUAGCAGUUUCCAUGGUUACCACUCCAUUUCUUCCACAUUGUGUUAAUAGAAUCUAUUUUGAGUAUGUUUUUUCAAGCAAGGAAUCGUGCAUAGCACACAAACCAUGCCCGUCGCUGAUGUCCUUUUGUCAAAUGGUGGUGGGUUGCCUUAGAUGAACUGAUCUUCUGUAAGGGUGUGAUGUGUUCAUAGUUUGGCAUCACUCCACUAUGGAAGUUUUGAAGCAGAUGGAGUUAAUCUACUCCUUAAAAAGGUACUUCUUUACAGUGCUUAGGUUUGACACAACUUGAAGUGGCAAAAUAGAAGAGUCCCGAUUCACAAAGCCAUGGUAUAUUGCAUGCCCGCAAGAUACUGCACCAUGCACAACUCAUGCAAAACUUCCAAAGGAACUAUUACCUUACAUUAAUCAUCCUCAAAAAGCUAGAAAUACAGAUGUGUCCUAAUUUUAUUCUUUGGCUGACAGCUGUCUCACUGUGGCAUAGCAAAAAGAGCCCUUCCACACAGCCAUAUAAUCCAGAAUAUCAAGGCAGAAAAUCCCACAAUUUCUGCUUUGAACUGGGUUAUCUGAGUCCACACUGCCAUACAUUCCAAUUCAAUGCAGAUAUUGUGGAUUUUCUGCCUUGAUAUGGGAUAUAGCACUGUUUGGAGGGGCCUUAAAAUGGGAGAUAUCCCCUCUUGUUACUAAGAGCAACUCAAUGAUGGUGUAGUAUAAGGUUGAGCAAAAUGUGUCCUCCAGAUGUUGGUCUGCGUUCAUCACCAUUGGUUAUUCUGGCUGAUAUGUUUAUCUUUAUGUAUUUAUUUAUAGUAUUUAUAUUCCUCCCUUCUCACCCCGCAGGGGACUCGGGGCGGAUCACAAUGCACAUAUACAUGGCAAACAUUCAAUGCCAUAGACACACAACAUAUAUAGACAGACACACAGAGACUAUUUAAUUUCCCAGCUUCAUGAGGGUAUGCUUCAAAUUCCGGCCACUGGGACAGCUGUUGCUUCUCCAUCAACUUGCGACACCGAUGGAGUACUGCCUCAUUCUUUUGCACACUGCUGGAGAUUUUUUAAUGGCAUUGUAAAUUAGUUAAAUUAGCCUCCCCGCAUAAAGCAGUACCUAAAUUUCCUACUUGACAGAUGCAACUGGCUUUUAGGCUGCAAAGGUCGACAGCAUGCUAGACAAAUGGUCAUGAGCUUACUCCUACCCAGGCUGGCUUCGAACUCAUGACCUUUGGUCAGUAGUGAUUUUAAUACAGCUGACUCCCAACCAGCUGCGCCACAACCCAGUCCUAUGUUGCAAUGCUUGGGGGGCCUCAUUUUGCUCACCACUGCUCAAAUACCUCCAACAAUAACCAUUUUUUUAGAGCAGAACAAAGAAACCACGGCUACAUUUUGUAGUAUAGAAUCUCCAAAGUUAUGGGUAUGAUUUCACAGAAGGCAAGUGGAGAGGGAGGACAAGUGAGAAGCAACUGGUUUUGCACAAGAGUUCCUACAGCUGUUGCAUCCUGGAAGAGGCGAGAACUGAUCAUCUAUACUUAUGCUAUUCCAGUCAGUGACACCGCAUCCUUUUUAUAUAGUCAGUGGUUCCCAACCUUUGGUCCUCGAGGUGUUUUGGACUUCAACUCCCAUGAUUCCUAACAGCUGGCAAGCUGGCUGAGAUUUCUGGAAGCUGAAGUCCAAAACAUCUGGAGGACCAAAGGUAUGGGAACCACUACUUUAGAUAAUUUUCAUGCCUUUCGGCUGUGUGGACUUUACUAUUGCCAUUCAACUCGAGCAACUGUAGAUGAAAACACAGCAAUCAAAUGAGAAAACAUUGUUUAAUUAUGAAACAAAAUUUAGAGGUUGUGUUCUAUGCAAGUUGCUAUCAGUAAAAAAAAUAAAUUACAGCAUAAAGAAAGAA